AUGGCCGGACCCAGCCCUGCGUCCUGGAACGAACCACCAAUCGUUCCGCCCUUUUCCACCUACCGAGAAGAUAAGAGCAAGAGACUACACAGCCGCGAGGGCAGCCGCGGUAGCGGCAAGAGUCAGCCCUUCUUGGCGUCCUUGGAAAGGCUGCAUUCUCAAUCCAACUGGAGCAUGGGAUCGAUGAAAAAGAAGCAGGCCAUGCUCAUGUCGCAAAUGACGUCGUCUCGGGGGACGCGGAGGUCGAGGGCAUCGACCGAGUCCCGGGGGCCCUUUUCGUCCAAAGAGGACCUGGAGCUGCCGCCGAAUAUCUUGGCGGAUAAUUGGGAUUCUUCAGAACCUUCUUCUGGUUCUGAGCAGCGCCCGCGGCGCCGUGGCAGCAAGAAGCCGAAGAAAAGGGCGGCGAAGGAGGAGCAGAAGAAGAGAGGGUUUCGGGCUAGGCUUCGACGACUUCUUGGUCGGGACGAGAAGAAGAGCAAAGGUGGUCACGAGUCACCAUACGGCCACGAACAGACGAGACAAAACUUGCAGAGCGAGGACUCGGAGCUGUCUGAUGAGCGAGAUGCCACGGCAGUGCAGGAUCCUCAACCAACCAAGGCUUACCUAUGUUCACCGACAGAUAGUACGCCUUCACCCAGCUGCCGCAACAUCCUCAGAGACGCUUUCGCCCAACAUCGAGCUGAAGCAAAGGAGGAGGCGAACGAUAGACCAAAGGAAGCUGUCAAGCCCAUGGAUGAUGGACAACGGACGAAGCAAUGA